AUUCGCAGCCACAUCUAGCUCCAUAAGUAAUUUUGGUUUCGGUCCACUUCGUGCUCUCCGGGAUGUCUUCCAGGCAUGAUGGUGUCACAUGUGAUGCGUGUCAACGGCGGGAAUUCCGACUUCGGCGGUACAAAUGUCUCAUUUGUCACGACUACGACCUCUGUGGCUCGUGUUUCGACACGCGGCGCGCGACCAACAAGCACUCGAUCUCCCAUCCCAUGCAGUGUCUCAUACCAAAGGCCGACCACAAUCUGUUUUACCACGGGGAGCCCACAUCAGAAUAUAGUGUGCACAGCUUCACCUGCCCUCUGUGUGGUCAACUGGGCUUCACCGAGACCUCCUUCUCCCAUCACGUCUUUCAAUCUCAUCCCGGUCAGGAAACCGGUGACGCCGAGGUGAUUUGCCCCCUUUGCGCCACACAUGCUGAGGGGGAUCAGAAUCGUCAGACACGUCACAUGGCCCGACACCUUAUGGCAGUGCACCAUCUGUCGGCGGCUCCCACUGAACCAACCAAAGACUCACAGUCCACCGAAUCCUCUUACGUGCACAACUUCACAAGCAAUGUCGCCAACUCAACGGAUUCCACACGGCAUACCUCAAAUCAUCGUCUUCCUCCCUUCGUACUUCUUCGAUCCCAUCGGACAAAUCGCGCCCAACGCUCGCUUCAUCUGACAGCGAAUCGCAACACUUCGUCACACGACGUCCUGGUAGACCUGAUCACAAGCGGGAGUCGCAACGCGGAUGCCUCCGCACGACUGAACGGUGAGGAUUGGGCAUCCAACGAUUCUCGACCACCCACUCUGGCCGAACGUAGUUCAUUCAGAUCACAAAAUAAUGCUGCAGUGGAACGACCUUAUACGAUGCCCAGUUCGACUUCUGCGCCGCCGCCGUCAACAACACAAGCAAUCACCACGUCGGUUUACCGACGAACGGAUGCUUUGGAUGGAAAUUUUGCAACUACCGGGCGGGAUUCGGAUGAACAACAGUCGGAUGAAGAACACCAGAUGGGUUUGGAUGGUUUAUCCAGUUUGGGAGCUCCAAUCCUCUUAGAAUGCAUCUCGUCGGAGACUUCCGAGGCCGCUGCAACCACAGUUCUCGUCCCGGAGUCCGGCAACGACGUUCAAUCGACAACCCAAGUUUCUGCAGCCGCAUCUUCGUUGCACAAGUCAUUGUCGGGUGACCCGUCACAGCAUCACCAGCAGUUGGAUGAAGCCACCUCAUCAACCGUGAAGGACCCAGAGUUGAAACUUCCUGAUUCUUCCGUUGUUCCGCACCACGUCGAGCCCACGAGGAAGCGAGCAACAAGAGAUGAAUUCGAUGCCAAUUGGGCAGCGUUUUUGAGCAACCUCGUGUGGUCAAGCUUGUGUUUUCCGAAUACUGAGGAAUCCCGUCCUCCACUGGAUUAGUCUCACAGCGCCGUCCACGUACAGUUUUUUCUCUCCCCCCCCCGAGGUUCCCUCUUUUUUGAUCCAUUCAGUUUAGUCACAUGAACACUGAACUUUGCGCAUGUAAGUCUCUUUUCAAUUUUGUGGAACGCCCUCUUUCGAUGACCAACUACUUUUGGUAGUUCUAUUAUUCUCUUGUAUAGGAUCCCGUGCCGCACGUGGGGGCAUUGUCUCACAAUUUCACCUUUCGUUUAUCCACACCUUCCCAUUGGUCCCAAUUUCUGUUCCAUUUGCCAAACAAUCUCCGCUCCUGGUUCACCCCUCCGCCUGUCAUUUAUCGUUCCGUUUGCAACACUCAACAACUGUGAUAGGUUCGAGUUAGCCUUGUACGGUGAUAUGUGUGGAUUCGUCGUUCACUCACCCCGGCGGACAAUGCCCUACCAAAAUUGGGCGUCGAUUUUUACAAUGCGAAUCACAGAUAAGUCUUGCCUGUUUAACUUUUGGUCACCUCCCUACCUGAUACUACCGCUGUUAGUCCGAUGGGUGUGGACCACUUCGUAGCCGCACACGCGGGCACCAUCAACUGGAUCUGACGACUUGUACAUUCAUGGUGUACCAUUGAAACACAUUUAAGGUGCAUUUGUAAAUGUAGUGUCAGUUCAAUUCAGUUUCUCUCCCCAAAUAGUCGAUCAGAGAUGCACGUCUUUAUAACAAUAAUAUUGUGUAGCGAGAGUGGCCGGAUCACGAUAACAGAAUUGAAGUAUUCACAAUAGACUACUGGCGAGUGUCGUCCACAGUGAUUGAAAAAGAGGCACCAACAAAUACAACAUACCUAUCAGCAUUCUGCAACCAACCACUAAGUGUACACUAAGAUGAUAAUUCUAUUUUGUGUAUUACACAACAUACUAAGGCAAUUCGGAGGAAUCUCCAGAUUGCUACAAUUGUUACUGAUAAGGAGAACUCUGUAGGAUAUGAAAUCACCAACUCAUACAAGGUGUUCAUCAACUGCUUUUGUCCAUCACAUGCUUCCCAUUCUGGAAGGUAGCAGCUACCAGCCCCACCUAGCCUUCUGGUGUGGUUCUGUCUGUUGUUCUCUUAUCGUAUUAACUAUCCACCACGAGGUUUAACUCAACUGUGCGAAGUCUUGACAACAAUUGCACGCGGAAACAUUCGGCUGACAGGAAUGCGGCAGAACACAUCGCCGUGCGAAGGGUGAUGAUUCGUGUUCAAGAGCCAUUCUGGCGAUAUACCAGAGAGCUUGUUGCCGAAUGUCUGGUGGCGAAUUUCAAUGCUGCAAGCACACCGGUAUGUUGAGAACGCAGUGCAGUGCUUAUGAGUUGUGUACCAGGGAGCGCAGGUCCAGGUGACACUGUACUGGAGAACAUUUGGGCCCAUCUGCGCACUUCGUUCGUGGUGUUGUUUUUGCUCUCCGUUCCGCUGCGCACUUUCAUACACAACGUGUCGGCGGUGAUUUCUUUGUGCACUACGCGUCUUUCGUCUGCAGUGAUCCGUGAUUUAUCUGACUUCAACACGCCUGCUUGUUCUCCAUACUACUCAUUAGCAGCGCACCACAAGUGGUCGAACACAGUCGGUUUCCCACUGCUUUCACUGCACACCGGCCCGGUCUCUAAUCCAUACAAUCACACUGGCCGCAUCACCGCGCUGUAAACUCUUCCCUCAACCAAUAGGACAUGUAUUCUACUGUUUCCAUGGGUGAGUGAGUUUUUUGUGCGAC